AUGUCUGCUGCCCUCGACCCCUUACUUGCAAUGCCGCCAGCAACUCGGUUUCUUCUUAUCGUGUCUGUGGCCGUCUCGUUGGCGCUAUCUACGAACGUGCUUUCACUAGACGCAUUGACGUUCCUGCCAUUGACGCAAUUGAUAAGGAAUACGCCUUUUAAGAUGAAGAGUAUUGGCUCGCUGGCGCUAUUAGUGGUUGCCAACGGUCACCGCUUCUUCACGGCGUUUUUCGUCGUGCAGGGCCUUAACCAAAGCGGCGUGAGUGUUCUCUUAAACAUCUAUAAGUUGUACUUCUUUUCGAACAACUUGGAGAACUCGCAGGGCCGCUUCCGCCGCAACUUCCCCGACUACGUGUGGUUUGUGUUGGUGUGCGGCUUUUUCUUGGUGGCCAUCAAUGUGUUGGUGGCGCCUCCGCUCUUUGCACUGUCGUUCCCGCACUCGCAGCUUCUGUCGAGCAUCACGUUCAUGUGGCUGCGGACGGCGAUGAACGAGAACAUCAAGUUUUUCGGGAUCGUGCCCAUCAAGGCGUACUACCUUCCGUUCUUCGACUUGGCCAUUGCUGUUAUGGGCGACAAGUGGAGCGCCUACGACUGCGUCGUGGGCAUUCUUGCCGGGUACUUGUACGAGUGCAUCCAGUCGGAUACCUUGCCCAUCUACAAUUUGGUUCCUGGCGCUUACAACCACGGUCUCCACGACAACUCCAAGAAGGUGGGGUUCAACGUGACGCCGCGGGUGGUACAGUUCCUGCCCUCGAUCUUUGAUUUGGGUUAUUUGAAAGCGCCCACUUUCUUGUACCGCAUGCUCAAGUAUCCGCUCAACACGUCCGAACGGACCACAGCAUUUACCAAGAAACCUGUGGUGGGAGUUGCUGCAAGUUCUGGAGCCAGCAGUGGGUACCGAGCCACUGCGGCACGUUCUUCUGCAUUUUCAGGCAAAGGACGCCGUCUUGGCGAUUAG